UACGGGCUCACGCUUUUCAGGUCUGCCUUUUCAAUUCUCUCUCUCUCUUAUCACCACUAGCUGAAACAUCGGCGUCCCGAGACCCCUUAUCAUCUUUUCCGCUUCACUCGAGCAAUUCUAGCAUCUCUGGUAACGGUUUGUGGCGGUUCCGAUGCACUUUACGGAGAAAUUUAUUACUAAUUUAGUUCCUAAAAAUACUGUACACAUUUAUAUAAUUAUUUGUCCACGUUAUUAGUAGUAUAUUGUGCACGUGUAUUUUUUUGUGCUUGAACAGGGAAUGGGAGCUUUAAAAAGCGCUCAGGAGUAGAGAGCGAGCGAGAGAGAGAGAGAGAGAGAGAGAGUCAUUCAGAUGGGAAAGUUUAGAGGGAGAGAGAUGGAGGAGGAGGGAGGAGGUGUCGGUAAAAAGAUUAAGAUUGGUGUGUGCGUAAUGGAAAAGAAGGUGAAAUGCGGCUCCGAGGUUUUCUCCGCCCCGAUGGAGCAGAUUUUGGACAGACUACAGUUGUUUGGCGAAUUUGAGAUAAAGUACUUUGGGGACAAGGCUAUUCUCGAGGAUCCAAUGGAGAGCUGGCCCAUAUGCGAUUGCUUGAUUGCCUUCUAUUCUUCUGGUUAUCCCCUUGCAAAGGCUGAGGCGUAUGCUGCAUUGAGAAAGCCUUUUCUUGUAAAUGAAUUGAAGCAACAACACCUUCUUCACGACAGAAGGAAGGUGUACGAGCGUCUUGAAAUGUUUGGUAUUCCUGUACCGAGAUAUGCGCUCGUAAAUAGGGAGGUUCCAUAUCAAGAGCUGGAUUAUUUUGUGGAGGAAGAAGAUUUUGUUGAGGUUUAUGGGAAUCGCUUCUUGAAGCCUUUUGUGGAGAAACCUGUUCAUGGUGAUGAUCACAGCAUAAUGAUAUAUUACCCUAGUUCAGCUGGUGGGGGCAUGAAAGAAUUGUUUCGGAAGGUUGGUAACAGGUCAAGUGAGUUUCAUCCAGAGGUUAGAAGAGUUAGGCGUGAAGGCUCUUAUAUCUACGAGGAAUUUAUGGCGACAGGAGGAACAGAUGUCAAGAACUGCCUGUCUGUCAAAUUCUUACAGGUGUAUACAGUUGGUCCUGAGUAUGCUCAUGCUGAGGCAAGGAAAUCUCCUGUUGUUGAUGGUGUUGUUAUGAGAAAUCCUGAUGGCAAAGAAGUCAGGUAUCCUGUGCUACUUACUCCAACUGAGAAGCAAAUGGCAAGAGAUGUUUGCAUUGCAUUUAGUCAAGCAGUUUGUGGGUUUGAUCUUCUACGUUGCGAGGGACGUUCAUAUGUCUGUGAUGUGAAUGGAUGGAGUUUUGUGAAGAACUCCCACAAGUAUUAUGAUGAUGCUGCUUGUGUGAUGAGGAAGAUGUUUCUAGACGCAAAAGCUCCCCAUCUUUCUUCAACUAUUCCACCAGUUUUACCAUGGAAAGUUAACGAACCGGCACAGCCUUCUGAGGGACUAACUCGUCAGGGAAGUGGGAUUAUUGGCGCAUUUGGGCAGUCCGAGGAACUACGCUGUGUAAUCGCUAUUGUUCGACAUGGAGACAGAACUCCAAAACAGAAGGUGAAGUUGAAGGUUACUGAGGAAAAGCUGCUAAAUUUGAUGUUGAAAUACAAUGGUGGCCGGCCUAGAUCUGAGACAAAACUUAAAAGUGCUGUUCAGUUGCAAGAUUUGUUAGAUGCCACGAGAAUUUUGGUUCCACGUUCUAGACCUGGUCGUGAAAGUGAUAGUGAAGCAGAAGAUAUAGAGCAUGCUGAAAAACUCCGUCAAGUUAAAGCAGUUCUUGAAGAGGGAGGGCAUUUCUCUGGCAUUUAUAGGAAGGUCCAACUAAAGCCAUUGAAGUGGGUUAAAGUUGCUAAAAGCAACGGGGAAGGUGAAGAAGAACGACCUAUUGAAGCACUGAUGGUUCUAAAAUAUGGGGGUGUCCUUACACAUGCUGGCAGAAAGCAGGCUGAAGAGUUGGGUAGAUAUUUUCGCAACAACAUGUAUCCAGGUGAAGGUACUGGCUUGCUUCGCCUCCAUAGUACAUAUCGUCAUGAUCUUAAGAUAUACAGCUCCGAUGAGGGUCGCGUGCAGAUGUCUGCAGCUGCAUUUGCCAAAGGCCUCCUAGAUUUGGAAGGACAACUAACUCCAAUCCUGGUUUCACUUGUAAGCAAGGAUUCUUCUAUGUUGGAUGGUCUUGACAAUGCUAGUAUUGAGAUGGACGAGGCUAAGGGUAGGUUGAAUGAGAUCAUAACUUCAGGAGCAAAGGCAGUUCCUGGGGAUGGAUCAUCAGAUACACCUUGGAUGGUCGAUGGAGCCGGUCUUCCUCCAAAUGCUUCUGAACUUCUACCCAAACUGGUGGAAUUGACUAAGAAGGUCACUGAACAAGUGAGACUACUUGCUAAGGAUGAAGAUGAAAAGCUUGCAAAGACAGCAUCAUAUGAUGUAGUUCCUCCAUAUGACCAAGCAAGGGCCCUUGGUAAGACAAACAUUGAUGUAGGUCGGAUUGCUGCUGGAUUACCCUGCGGAAGUGAGGGAUUUCUUCUAAUGUAUGCUCGGUGGAGAAAACUUGAGAGAGACUUGUACAAUGAACGCAAGGAUCGGUUUGAUAUAACACAAAUUCCAGACAUUUAUGACUCUUGCAAAUAUGAUCUCCUGCACAAUGCACAUCUUAAUUUAGAAGGGUUGGAUGAACUCUUCAAAGUUGCUCAGUUACUUGCAGAUGGUGUAAUACCGAACGAAUAUGGGAUCAAUCCUACGCACAAGCUAAAAAUUGGCUCAAAGAUUGCUCGUCGCUUGCUGGGUAAAAUUUUAAUUGAUCUGAGGAAUACUCGUGAAGAAGCAAUCAGCGUUGCUGAAUUGAAGGGUAAUCAAGAUCAAUCAAGUAAAAAUGGGAAAGAAGAAACUGAGAACCAUUUGAAACCGCACAGUAAGAAUGAAGAUGGCAGAAGAGCUAGUUUUACCAGUGAUAUGUCAGUGGAUCAGGAUGAUGAAGACGACAAAGAAAUCAAAUACCGCUUGGAUCCGAAGUACGCAAAUGUAAAAACACCAGAACGACAUGUGCGGACACGCCUUUAUUUCACCUCGGAGUCACACAUUCACUCCCUAAUGAAUGUUCUCCGUUACUGUAAUUUGGAUGAAUCUCUCCAUGAGGAGGACAGCCUUGUUUCUAAUAGUGCUUUGGAGCGUUUGUACAAAACCAAGGAGCUCGAUUACAUGAGUUAUAUAGUGUUGAGGAUGUUUGAGGACACUGAGGUAGCUUUGGAAGACCCAAAAAGAUUCCGUAUUGAGAUGACUUUUAGCCGAGGUGCAGAUUUGUCCCCCUUGGAGAAGAACGACAGUGAAGCUCUUUCGUUGCAUCAGGAGCACACUCUGCCAAUAAUGGGCCCAGAAAGGCUGCAAGAAAUAGGGUCAUAUCUGACACUAGAGAAGAUGGAGAAGAUGAUUCGGCCAUUUGCAAUGCCAGCAGAAGACUUUCCCCCACCAACAACCCCACAGGGUUUCUCUGGUUACUUCACCAAAAGCGUGCUGGAGCGCCUCGUAAACUAUUGGCCCUUCCAUAAGCAUGGAAAUGCUAAUGGGAGGUAGUAUAAAAGCCUUCAGUUUUUUUUUUUUUCCAUUUCUUUGUUAUAUUCUUUUGUUCUUUGCUAUUCGUUAACUAAUCAGUAGCUUAAAUAACAGUCGAAUUGAGGGUUAUUUGAGUCCUUUGGAGGAAAUUGUGGAAAAUGCGACACAUGUUUAACAACAGGGUUAGCUAUAGCAAAAGACUGUACGGAUGACUGUC